UACCCUGCCACAUCCCCAAACUUGACGAUAUACGAAGUACAUGGCCUAGCUGAUCGUGAUGUGAGACGACUCACAAUUUUGUUGAACGAAUUAAUCGCAGAACGCAAGGGAGAUCCGGUCCUAUUCGACAUAAUUGAUUUUAGUCGCGAGUUUAUUGCGAACAACGUUCCCACGGUGAAUUGUGCCAUCUGUCUGUGUGGAUUUGUGCAAGAAUCAGACGUUUACUGCACACCUGAGUUUCACUAUUUCCAUAAUACUUGCAUCGGCGAGUAUAUGCACCAUCGGGAAAAGGAACAUCAAGAGGAGUUGGCGGAACUCCUAGAAAAAGAUCCUUAUUGUAUAUUGGUGCCACUUAGGCUACCCUGUCCCGUUUGCCGAGUUGAAGAAUUACCAUACUCGGAAAGCUUGGUUCAACUGGCACAUCAGAAGCAGCAUCUUUGACACUCAACUGUGACACGACGCACUAACACCCUCUUUCAAUUAACGUUCCGAGAUUAUUUUUCUCUUCAGAGUCACUUGUUUAAGUCAAC